AUGCACUCGCUAUGGCUCCCAAAGGCCUAUAUACAGCUAGAAGCCAAAGCAAAGGCUUUGAAGGCCAAGAAAGCAGUGUUGAAAGGUGUCCACAGCCACAAGAAAAAGAAGAUCCGGAGGUCACCCACCUUCCAGCGGCCCAAAACACUGCGACUCAGGAGGCAGCCCAAAUAUCCUCGGAAGAGCGCCCCUAGGAGAAACAAACUUGACCACUAUGCCAUCAUCAAACUCCCCCUCACCAUCCAGUCAGCCAUGAAGAAAACAGAAGACAACAAUACACUGGUAUUCAUUGUGGAUGUCAAGGCCAACAAGCACCAAACUAGACAGGCUGUGAAGAAGCUCUAUGACAUUGACGUGGCUAAGGUCAAUACUCUGAUCAGGCCUGAUGGAGAGAAGAAGGCAUAUGUUCGACUGGCUCCUGACUAUGAUGCUUUGGAUGCUGCCAACAAAAUUGGGAUCAUCUAAACUGAGUCCAGCUGGCUAAUUCCAAAUAUAAAAGUUUUCACUAUGUAAAAAAAAUAAAAUAAAAUAAGAUAUACAGCUAAAUGAGAAAAGGAAGGUGGGGGAAAGUAUGUGUGGUCCAUUAUCAUCUAACAAAAAGGUUUUAUAUAU